AUGGAUGUGGAACUGUAUGUUUACGACCUGUCUAAGGGUCUUGCGCGCGUGUACUCGCAACCUUUGACAGGUACUCAAAUAGAUGCCAUAUAUCACACCUCCUUGGUCCUUGGAGGGGUCGAGUACUACUUUGGUCAGGGUAUUCAAACGGCCUCUCCCGGCAGUACCCACCAUGGACAGCCCAUGGAGAAAGUGCAUAUGGGGAAAACAGAGCUCCCAAACGAUGUGAUUGAAGAGUAUCUUGGCUCUCUUGGAAGUAUAUAUACGCCAGAGUCAUACGAUCUUUUUCUUCACAACUGCAAUAACUUCACUCAGGAUUUUGCAAUGUUCCUGGUCGGCAAAAGUAUCCCAGAUAAUAUUCGGAAUCUACCUCGCACAUUUCUGGAUACUCCAUUUGGGCAGAUGAUGAAGCCGCAGAUCGAGAUGGCUUUGAAGGGAGUCACACAGGGCUCUGGUCCCAGUCCCAUCUCUGGUCCAAGUACGCAGUCCCCUCCAGUAGGCCCCCCGCAUACGGGAACAGCAUUCAAGCCUAUGACAUCGGUCUCUCCAACAUUAGGCACGGUCCGCAUUGUCAGCAACCUUGCUCAACUCGAAAGUGAACUGGCAGCUGCAUCGGACUCGUGCGCCGUCAUCUUUUUUACCUCAUCCACAUGCCCGCCUUGCAAGGUUGUUUAUCCAACCUAUGAUGAGCUGGCAGAAGAGGCGGGUGAGCGGGCAAGGCUCAUCAAGGUGGAUGUUGGCAUGGCUUACGAUGUGAGCUCCAAGUACAGCGUGCGCGCAACUCCUACGUUCAUGACCUUCAUUAAAGGCAAGAAACAAGAUCAAUGGAGUGGUGCUAGCCCAGCCCAACUCAAGGGCAGAAUUCGCAUGCUGAUAGAAAUGGCAAAUCCACCUCACCCGCACCGGAAUCUCCGACUGCCUAGUCUGCAGCGCAAUAUCACCAAUUUUGUUAUGUACAAGAAAGUCCCACCCCUGGAUAAACUCCUGCAGAAACUACCCGCCGAUUUCAAAGCAUCUCCCAGUAUUGCACCCGUUAUCGACUUUGUGAAAGUUCGCUACUCAACGAGCAAUGGAAAUUCGUUGGCCGCGGAUACCCGAGUUCCUGACCUCCACAGCUUCGCUACCACCUUGAGAUCAAUAUAUACCAGUCUUCCAAGCGAGAGUCACUUUGCAGUUGUCGACCUUGUGCGUCUAUUUUUCCUCGACCCGCGUGUGAGUGGGUACUUUGCCGAAGAAACUGGCCAUAUUACCCUCCUCACUCUGCUUGGUCCGCUCUCUGAAGAGGACUUGCCUUCAUGUCCCUAUAAUCUCCGCAUUGUUGCUCUUCAGCUAGCUUGCAACCUUUUCAGCACUCCGUUAUACCCAGAACAGCUCGCAUCAUCGACGUCGGCCUUGCGAGAGACGUGCCUCCGACUAGCAACUAACUCUCUACUUGACUCGCAUUCGAAUCUUCGAGUGGUUGCAGCUUCGUUUGCCUACAAUAUCGCCGCUUUCAAUCAUAAUUCUCGAUUUCACGGAAAAUCCGAUCUCUUCUCAGAGGAAGACCAGGUCGAGCUUGCCGCCUCCCUGCUUGAAGCCAUCUCGCGUGAAGACCAGAGUCCUGAAGCUCUGCAUGGCCUGCUGUUUGCUCUUGGUCUCCUGGUCUACGAAGCACCGCUAGAUGGAACACUUGUUGAUUUGUGUCGAGCGAUGGGCGUCUCUGAGACGGUUGCUGCUAAAUCUAAGGUUACGAUUUUGCAAAAGGAGCCGCUCCUCAAGGAAGUGGGCGAGGAACUACUUGGGAAAGGUCUUUAG